ACCCACGCUCAAAAGAAUGGGUACAACAAAACAACAAUUUCCCACAACCUUUUGAAACCGUAAUCUUCUUGAUGCACUUGUGGACGACGUCCUAGGAUACCACUGCAAAUCUCCGAACUCAGAAUCCUUCUCUUCGUUAACCUAUCAAUGUCGUUCACUAGGUCAAGGUUAAUUUCUUACUCCAAUUCUCUUUUUUCAUUUCACUUUCUCUCUAAACCUUUUUCUCACUCUCUGCAUCAAUUCACACCCAAUCAUAUCAUUCAUGAUGCCAUUUCCUCAUUCCAUCAAUUGCUCCACAUGCAUCCUACCCCAUCCAUCAUCCAAUUCAACAAAAUUUUAGGGUUUCUUGCUAAGACUAAGAACCAUUGCACCACUGUUAUUUCCCUUUCUCACCAAUUAGAAUUCAAUGAAAUUACUCCCGAUAUUGCUACUUUGAGCAUCUUGAUCAAUUGUUACUCCCAUCUAGGUCAAUUGAAUUUUGCAUUUUCUACAUUGGGAAAGAUUCUUAAAUUAGGUUAUGAACCUAAUACUGUAACCUUGAAUACUCUUGUCAAUGGUCUGUGCCUUAACGGUAAGGUGAGUGAAGCUUUGCACUUUCAUGAUUACGUGGUUGCGCGUGGGCUUCACUUCGAUAAAUUUGGUUAUGCGUCCUUGAUUAAUGGGUUGUGUAAAAUGGGGGAAACAAGGGUUGCCGUGCAAAUGUUGAGGAAGAUUGAAGUGAAAUUGGUCAGACUUGAUGAGGUAAUGUAUAGCACAAUUAUUGAUAGUUUGUGUAAAGACAAAUGUGUUAACGACGCCUAUGAGUUAUAUUUUGAAAUGAUUGCAAAGAGAAUUUCUCCUAAUGUUGUCACUUUCAGUUCUCUAAUCUAUGGAUUUUGUAUAGUUGGUCAAUUGAAAAAUGCGUUUAGUUUUUUAAAUGAGAUGGUGUUGAAAAACAUCUACCCGGAUGUUUGUACUUUUGCUAUAUUGGUCGAUGCUCUUUGUAAGGAGGGAAAUGUGAAAGAAGCUAAGAAUCUAUUAGUUGUGAUGAUGAAAGAAGGGGUAAUACCGGAUGUUGUUGUUUACAAUUCACUAAUGGAUGGGUAUUGUCUAGUUAAUGAAGUGAAUAAGGCCGAACAUAUGUUGAGAACUAUUUCUCGAAUGGGAGUGGCACCUAAUGUUCGGAGCUAUAGUAUCUUGAUUAAUGGAUUCUGUAAGAUGAAAAUGGUCAAUGAAGCCUUGAGUCUCUUUAAUGAAAUGUGUUGCAAAGGAAUUGCUCCUGACACGGUGACUUACAAUUCUCUCAUUGACGGUUUAUGCAAAUCAGGGAGAAUCUCGCAUGCUUGGAAGCUUGUUGAUGAGAUGCAUGAUAAAGGUCAACCAGCUGAUAUAUUCACUUACAAUUCUUUGAUAAACGCUUUAUGCAAAAGCCAUCUUGUUGACAUGGCUAUUGCAUUAGUAAAAAGAAUCAAAGACCAUGGCAUUUUACCAAAUAUGUGCACGUACAACAUACUUAUCGGCGGACUAUGCAAAGGGGGACAACUUAAAAACGCACAUAAUAUUUUUAAGGAUCUUUUGACGAAGGGUUAUCGUUUAAAUAUUCAAACAUAUAAUAUUAUGAUCAAUGGAUUUUGUAAAGAGGGCUUGUUUCAUGAAUCAGAGGGCUUGUUGUCAAAAAUGGAGGACAAUGGUAUCAUUCCUGAUGCGGUAACGUAUGAAACUAUUAUCCGAGCUCUCUUUCAUAAAGAUGAGAAUGAAAAGGCGGAGAAACUUCUUCGUGAAAUGAUUGCUAGAGGUCUACUAUAAGAUUAAUUCUAGUUACAUACUCAAAAGAAGGUGGACUACUCAAAGGUAGAAGGUGUACUCAGAAGGUAGAAGGUAAGAGCUUUGAAAGCCAGAAAAAUGGGUUUAUUAACAAAUUGGCAUAUGAAUAUGUAUUUGAUGAUAAUCAUCCCUCCUUAUUAUAGGAUGAAAAGACAAAGACAUGAUGAAUAUAUCUCAUGUGCUGAUGACCGUGUUAAUAUCUAAAGUGUCUUUGAGUUAAAUGUUUUUCAACACCUUAUGGCUCAUGUUCUCCUAUUAAAAUUAGAAUUAAAUUAACUUAUAUAUCAAUAAUAGUAACAAAUUUGAAUCUGUCUUUUGCAUUAAACCAGAAAACACUUAAUCUAUCUUGUACCUUUAUGAUAGAAUCACUAAAUAAAAUCUCUUAGCAACUUGGGAUAUUAUGCUAAUUCUAGUUAUAGGCUGAUGCAGUAUAUGAUAUCAAUUAGGUAAGUGCUCUCUCCUUAGAACCUUAUAACCUCAUGCUGAUUCCCUUUCAAUGAAUUACUCAUGCAUUUGUCGUUAUUAUUUUUGCGUUGGUUUAUUGAUUAUGCAGUUUUUUUCGUAUUAAAAUUUGUAGCGAAGACUUUGCUACUUGUGAAUUAGCAACCCUUCUAUGUUGGUUAGAGAUAAAAUGGUUCCUUGUCGAACAGUACAGUUAAAACGUUUUAAAUUUAAGGGGUAAUUUCGAGUUUCAGAAGGGAAAGGGAUAGCGGGACAUAAACCGCUCACCACCUGCUACCCGCGAUUUACCCUAUAGCAGCCGAUAUAGUGUUUUGCACCGCUAAGGCUCUUACUAUAGCGGCCAGCCCUAGCUCCGCUAUAGCGGGACAUCGCCUCUAUUGGACGCUAUUGUAAUAUAGUUAGGAUUUUACUUAUAUAUGUAUUGACAGUGAAAUGUGUAUUGCAAUGUCAAUUAAUCAUAACUGUCUAAUCACUGAAAUAUAUUUGACUUUGAUCUUAUCUAUUUUAAAAGUCAUACAAAAACUGAGCUGUAUUUGGUUGAAAUUUUUAAUCUAUUUUAAAGUCAUACGAAAAAUGAGAUGUGAUUGGUCGAAAUUGUAAAAUGUCUUACGCUGAUAGUGCAUGAAAGUUUUUUUUUGUAUGACCCUCAGUUUCUUAGAGGAAGGAGAUUAUGAUAAUUUAGAGUUUGGCCGAAAGAUUAGUAAGGUCUGACCUGUUCUAGUCAGGGUUCAAAAUUAAUUUAAUACUCAAUUUCCCAUGGGGACGGUGAUAGUAGCAGCAUUGUAAGUCUCCUAGUAACAUCACAUGAUCCCAGGAUUGUGUGUUGCAAGAUAUUACAUUCCGUGCUACAAUCCUCGAGUUACAAUUUUUCAACCCCCUCGUGAUCUUGUGUUCACUCUAGAUUUGUAUUACAAGAAUGUAUUUAAGCUCAUUCCUUUUCUUUUUAAAUUCUGUAAUAUGGUAUGAAAUCAUGUUCUGGAAAAUAUUAUGCAUGAAUCAAACAUUGUCAUCGUUGUAUUUGUAUUUGUAAUGCUUUGUUAUAUCAGCCUGCUCUGUCAUAUUCGUAAUGCUUUGUUCUGUUCCUUUUCUCAGCGCUAUCAUUGAACAAAUAUGUAUCGGAUUUUCCCCUAACUGACCUACUAAUGCAAUGUAAACAUUUUAAUUGAUGGAAAUUUUAGUAUUUUUUAGUGCAGAUUUGUUAAAUUUUGGUUCCAGUUAUAGCUCACUGAUGUUGUUUAACCAAUGCAUCAAACUUUGUCUAGUUUUUUUUUUUUUUUUACAAGGUGUCCAUUUUGGUGUAAGCAAGUGAUGGAAAUAUCUAUUUAAUAAUAAACUUCAUAUUAACUAACCUAUUGCUCUUUCUGCAAUUGUUUCAUGCAAUGAGUAGUUAUUUCACACACCUUACACAUAACUUGGAAGUUCUGUUUCUAGAAACCUGUUUCAAAGUAUGUGAUAAGGAAUGUAUAAACAAGGAGCAGAAGAACAAAGAUGGGCUUUCCAAGGAGAAUUAACAAGUCUGGUAGAUAUAUGUAUGGAGUAUUUUCUCUUUCAUUUAUGAUUAGUUUGUUGACUGUUUUUUUAGAUGACUUGUUGAUAAUCAUUAAAAAUUCAAAUACAUAUAUGUGAAGUUUCAUAUUUGUAUUUGGGUCGUUCAAUCUAAUAAUAUUGACUUUUAUAUAUUGAAUUAAAUUUUGGGGACAGUUUGUUGAGAUAUUUAUACUAAAUAAAAAUUGUUUUAUUACAUAAAUACACAGUUAAACUUUAAUUUAUUAGGCAUGGUAUGCAGAUAGCAGAUUAAUAUAUAAAAUAUAUAUACUCGUGUCCGUGUUUUAUAUUUUUUAUAUUAGCGUGGUCCUCGUGUCCGUGUCGUGUCCCGUGUCCGUGUCCGAGUCCGGGCUUUCCAGGUUUCUAUUAAUGUUGUUAUCUUUUCAUCCUUAGUAAUUGUAAUUUAUAGAUGUUAACCCGUCUUCAAUUUUUUUGUUUAAUGGUAAUGAACUCAUAUUUUAUCACUUAUGCAUUGAUGUAUGAAUAUUUAAACAAAAUGCACACAAAAGUUAGAACACAGUAGUAUGAACUCAUUUUAUGUCUUUCAUGUUUAAAAUUUAUGAAAUCUAGUGCAAAUUUCUGUGUUACAAUGGUAUGGUUAUGGUAUGGUUGGUUUAAUAUAUGAUGAUGACAUGUAUUUCAAUGUUGUUAACUGAGUUGUUCAUCCUUUAAUAAAGCUACUUCAAUGGUGCUUUUCAAUGCAAUCCAAAUCUUUGAUCUCAACCAAUUUAACUCUCCAACUACAUUGUCCUUUUUGGACAACUUUUAUGAAUGGACACAACAAGGCUACAAGCAAAUUGUCAGUGCCUUUGACACAAGAAGCAACUGAGUUGCACCAUCAAAUUAGGCAAAACCAAUAGAGUAUGCACCACCACUCUUCAACUUAGGAAAUUCUAAAGAAGAAAUUCUAAAGAAGAGCUAAAAUCUAUUUUGAGCCAACCAUAAUUGCGUGUAUCUCUUGUAUAUAUCUUUUGUAGUAGUAUUUGUGUACAUCUUUUGUAGUUGGUGUCUGUGUACACUUUAUGCCAUUUUAGAACAUGUUUAAUGCAAUUUUGGUUUAAUAUUUCAGUCAAAGAAUGUAACAAUAUUUUGACUUUUGACAACACAACUUGACAUUUUUCACAAAAUUUAACCGAAAGGACGAACUUGACUAACGAAAUGACUUUUAAGGGACUAAAAUGUAACCUUUAUUAGAUAAAGGAUGAGAGUGAAACUUUAAAUUAAGUUAAAUGACCUCAUGACUAAUUAAGCCAAGUUUUAAUUAUGAUGUUAAUAUGUGGUGGACUCGUCCGCUUUUUUGUAUUCAUUUUUCACCUUGAUCCGUUAGUGUUUUGAGCUGCCCACAAGGCUUAGGACGAAAGGCCCAAGGUGACGCAGUCAGAAGCCCUAAGGAAUAACAAACGUUAAACUUAGAAUAAAACACAGAGUUGCAAGUGCAAAACUUGUCAGAUUAGUUCUGAAAUCCACCAGAAAGAAAAGAGAACUUUGAUUUAUUUUAUAAUGAAAAUAUAAUCCAUCCUUAUGGCCAUGCCAAGAUCUUU